AUAUGUUAAUCGCAUAACCUGUUGCAUGUUGCUCAAUCAGCUGGUGAUGGUGAUAUUUUAUUGUGGGAUUGCAUAUGGUCGAGCCAUCAAAUGCAAAUUAGCUAAAUUGAUUACACAGCGAGAAAUAGGGUCGAUGUGCCCUACCAUAGAUGCAAAUGUCUGGGCGUAAAUGCAAAUGGGAAUCUAGUAUGACCAAAUGGAAAUUAAAUCUAUCAAAACAGAUAGGAAAAGAGAGUUAUAGGUUCGCAAAAAUAUUGUUGAUACUAAUUAAAAUUUCAUUGACAUAUAUAGCUUAAUGACGCAAUUUAUUUGAUGUAUAGAUAAUAUUUAAAUGGUUCCAGAUCAAUAAAAACACUUUGUAAUUAAUCAAUUUCUCAUUACCAAAGCACAUUUAGUUUAUGAAAAUUGAAUGACUUCAGUCAUCGUUGACUUGUUGAGGAACACAAAUGUACUUCAAGGCAGAAAAAUUCUUUGUGCUAGUUAUAUUUUUUGGAAAUAUAAUAGAAAACGCCUCCAAGUUUGAGUUUGCAUGGCAUUUAAUAUUUGUAAAGGACCCGGCAUUUUUGAGCUUCGAGUACUGUUUCAUAAAAUCCGUUAAUCGAUCGUAUAAGUACAUAUCGCUCAAGGCCAAUAUUUACGAAGUACCCAUUACAAACGAAUCGGCAAAACUUCAAAUUUCGAGGAGAUUUCGGUCCUAUAUGCCCAUAACCAUAGCCGCCAGCCAGAACUUGGCGAAUCCGAUGCUCAGACUUCUCGAGGAGAUAACCACAAACUACACAAAUACGAACCACAAAUGUCCCUAUGACCACGACCUUGUCGUAGAUAGACUCCCCUCCCAAUUUCUGAGUGAGCACUUCACCAACAUCCUUCCACUUCCACCUGGAGAUUACAGUUUUAACAGCAUAUGGUACAGCAAAAACAUAGAACGGGCCACCAUUUGCAUAUAUUCCACUAUAUCAUAAU